AUGGCUCCCUCUGCAACCUUUAUCGAUGUUGAACCACCCGUUGUCAUUGGUCCCUCGACCAAGAAAGCCACUCGGCCUUCCAAUGAACUUCCAUGGUCUCUUAUUGACGGGGCUAAGCUGGCGAAGCGGGAAGAGUUUGACCCUGUCAAGCACUUGAACUUCAUUCCUCCAAAGUCUAUCCUUACCAUGAAGGAGAUUGGGCUGGAGGGCCAUGGGAUCUCGCCACACGCGGCUGCUGGGCCAUUCCCUCUGUUCACCCCGGAGGCAAUUGCACAGAUGCGGGCGGAGAUCUUUGAUGAAAAGGUUCUGGCAGAGUGCCAGUACUCAUCUACAUUCAACAAAAACAUGGUGCGAGGAAUGGGUCCUGCUCGCGCUCCCUUCACAUAUGCCGCAUGGAAAUCUCCCGAGGUCCUUGCCAGGAUCUCCGAAGUUGCCGGCAUUGAUCUCGUUCCUUCUAUUGAUUUUGAGAUCGCGAACAUUAACAUCUCAAUUCGAGACGAGAACUCAAGGGUGGAGCACAAUGUGAAUCUGAUGUCUGAUAAGGAGGAGCUCCCUGCUGUUGCUUGGCACUACGAUAGCUUCCCCUUCGUUUGUGUCACAAUGCUCUCAGACUGCACCGGCAUGUUUGGCGGAGAGACGGCCCUCAGAAUGCCAAGCGGAGAUAUCAUUAAAGUCCGCGGUCCUGCCAUGGGUACUGCCGUUGUUAUGCAAGGACGUUACAUUGAGCACCAGGCUCUUAAGGCUAUGGGCGGUCGCGAGCGGAUCAGUAUGGUCACUUGCUUCAGGCCCAAGUCGCCCUUAGUCAAGGACGAGACCGUUCUUGUGGGUGUUCGCGGUAUCAGCAAUAUCUCUGAGUUGUAUACGCAAUACACCGAGUAUCGCCUGGAGAUUUUGGAGGAGCGCGUUCGCCACCAGCUCAAGCAAGAGCGCGAGCGCGAAACCGCCAAGAAGCCCUUCAAUGUGCCUGAAAUGAAGCGCUUCUUGACCAACCAGAAGCUGUUCAUUGAAUCCAUGUUGACGGAAAUUCAGGAGCUUGACUAG